GUCCGGGGUGGGUGGGCGUGGCCAGCAGAGCAUUCUUAAGACCAGUGUCUUGAAAUUUAUUCGACCUUUGAUAUAGCUGGAAUUAAAACCAGGGGAAUUAAAACCAGGGCAACCAUUGGACUUGGUGAUAGAAAUAUGAGCGUGUCAUUGGCACUAAGACAUCACCUUUGUGAUAAUGGUGAUGAUGGUUGUGAUGGUGACCUCAUCCGGCAUGUGGGCUCCUCCUCCUGCAGACGGGGCUGUGAUGUCAUCGGGAGAGCUGAUGUGCUGUGCAGCGGGGCUGGUGGGAGUGGUGGGUCCUCACGGGGGGGCUGGGCUUUUCAGCAGCUGGCAGACGAGUGCAGAGGGCUGGCCUAUGAUGUCAUAGCUCGGGGUGUUAGCGCUAACAGCUUGGAACGGAGGCAGGAGGGGCCGUGUCGUUGUGGGGGGGCGUUCCGGAGGAGAGGCGUGGAUACGCCUGCAGAUCCUGUACCUUAAUGACUAGGGUCACUUUGGGCGUAAGGGUCCCUGUGGCCAUGCUCUCAUUUCCUCUCGUGUUGAUUCACCAGACUGCAGACCUGAUUUUUUUUUAGCCUAAGUCACAAGUCUAAAAAAAAAAAAAAAAAAAAAAAAAAACAAUAGUUCUGUUUAAAUAUAAAUAAUAUGGGCAAUGCCAUCCUGAAAGAUGAGAGGCAGAUAUGCCCCCCCUUCCAGUGGUUACAGUGUGGGGGGGGGGGGGACAAUGAGAGAACAUGUGCAUGGGUUAGGGGGUGUUACUGAAUGCAUGAUGCCUGACUGACACAGACCCUUUAAGCUACCACAAGAGUGGGACGUGACCUCAUCCCACAGUGAGGUAUCACCAGCCGGAGCAGAAGGACCCCACAAGGUAGCAAGCUGUAUAUGCAGGUAGCUACAGAAAAACGGAAGUGAUUCAGCGCAGCCAUCAGUCAGGACAGGAAAUAAAGCCACACACUUCCAGCUGAGCACCGGAACCUUUAAUAGUCUGUAAAAUGACAAAGCGUGUUCCACGCGGAAGAGAUUGCUACCAAAAGCAUUUUUUUCAUAAAGAAUAUCAAAGUUUGAAAUACAGGAUGGACUCUUGAACAGAAGGUGUCUUACUUUGUGACCGACUAUGAUCCCACCAUUGAGGACUCUUACACAAAGCAGUGUGUGAUUGACGAGCGGGCUGCACGCCUGGACAUCUUGGACACGGCAGGCCAGGAGGAGUUUGGUGCCAUGCGAGAGCAAUACAUGAGAACGGGAGAGGGCUUCCUGCUGGUGUUCUCCGUCACCGACAGGGGAAGUUUUGAGGAAAUCUACAAGUUUCAGAGGCAGAUCCUCAGAGUAAAAGACCGUGAUGAGUUUCCCAUGAUCCUCGUGGGCAAUAAGGCCGACCUGGAGCUGCAGAGACAAGUGACUCAGGAAGAAGGCCAGCAGUUGGCCAGGCAGCUGAAGGUGACCUACAUGGAGGCCUCAGCCAAGAUCCGACUGAAUGUAGACCAAGCCUUCCAUGAGCUCGUUAGAGUAAUAAGGAAGUUCCAGGAGCAGGAGUGUCCGCCUUCACCAGAACCAACCCGCAAGGAGAAGGACAAGAGUGGCUGCCACUGCGUGAUUAUCUGAGCUGGGGCACCUCCCCACUCCCAUCUUUUUUAUUUUUUAUUUUACCAGUGCCUGCCCUGCCCACUGACAUCACUUCCUGUGUGGAUGACCACUGCCGCCUUUGCUCACGUGCAUGGCCCCGCGGUUGCCAUAGCAGCGAAGGCCUUGACUGGAGAAGCUAUCCUGGAACUACACUAAUAGAACGACUAGGGCAGAAUACAGAACAUGACGGAAGGUCGCUGUCCGCGCCCAAUGCACACGAAACAGCCAUCAGACAGGAGUACAGAACCUAUCGACACUAAGCACUGCUUCUUAAAACGAGAAACAAUUCCUUUUUGUAUUUUGAAAGACUUCUAUUUGCCUCGUUGUGGAAUUUGUACAUUAUGACAAUAGUGCUGUCAGCAAACAAAAGAAGAAAAUCCUGAAAUGUAAACGAGCAAGAGAAUAUUUCCACCUUAUAGUGUGAGUGUUCAGAUUAAGCUUUGUGUGUGUGUUGUGCCAUAACUGUUUUCGCAUUAAUUUGCUAAUCAACUACUGUACAAAGGAAUUGUGUGUUUUGCAUAUGCAUAUUCAGUGAAUUACUUCGCAGAAGUACAGUUUUGAAAGUUUAAGAGCUUGGUUUAACAUGAAUAAACACAAAGGUAUACUAUUAACUAUGGUAUAAUUACACAAUUUGCCAAAAAAAUACUAUGUUUGGAUGUAAAUGAAGGAAUAUGUAUUCAGUAUCUGUGUCUCAGGAUGUGGUCGUUUUGAGAUCCACAUCCUGACUGUCUACUGUUAUUUUUUUUUUUUGAUGAAUCAGCGAUACUAUGAACCUGGACAUUCUCCACCUCGUACCGCUUUGUCCACGCCUUUCACCCCCCCGCCCUCACAGCCUCGACCAAACCAAGCAUGUGUAGGGAGAGGGAGCUGGAGGCCAUGCCCAUUUGGGAUAUGUUCUCAGCAUUUCAACAGUACUGCCCGCUCAGUGAGGGGCACUUGUGAACUUUCUGGGUGCCUCAUCUCAGUUCCCCAGGUGAAACUGGCUUUGUGACAUCAGGUGAAGCUGGUAGAACUGGGACAGAUCCUGUGAAGAUCAGUACAGGUUUCUUAAACUCAGUUUGGUCCGGGUAUUCACCUUAGGGUCACCCAGAUUCUAAUGUAAGCAGUUAUUUUCAUUGUCUGCUUUGAUACUGUAAAAUGCAUUGUAUAAUACAAAUUGUGUUUUUAUAUAUGUUUCCCAGAUUUUCAACAACAAAUAAACAGCUUUUAAACCAUUG